CCGAAAGCUAGGUUUAUUUUCAUGACGGAACGCCAGGAACCAUCAUCUACGAAGCCAGCGGUGACGUACCAGGACAAGCUCUGGACGCAGAUUGACAUCUUGGACGAUGUCAAGGAGUUGUCGAAGCAGAUGAAUGACAACAGCGGCACGUUCAGCUUCAAGGGCAAUCCAGAGUUCAACAAGUCGCUUGACGCCCUCUCGCAGGCCCAGCGAAAACUCUUGGAUACCAUGACAAAGAACGCUGACACGUUACUUGCAAAACCCGACGACGACGCCAUAUGGGAGAUUCAAGACUUGGAGGCGAUCAAGAGGAAGUUGUUCAACUAUGGCAUCAAUAGCCAGUACCAACUGGAUAUCAAGGGAUGCGUGGAUGACAUCAGGAACAACCUCACAGAGGUGAACAAGUCGAUCGAGAAGAUUGACCAGACGUCCAGGGACAUCUGGAACGAGAUGGAAUAAGGUAUGUGAUUUGUGAUGAAGACCAAAAGCUGUGGGUUACAGCCGAUCAAAACUACCAACUACAAGCUGUCUGGACAUCACGACCGAAAAAAAUGGUAUUUAUAUCAUUACGUGGCCUACAGGUUUUACACGGGGCUGUCUAAACAGUGUCCCUGGACCAUGGCUCUACCAUGGUGGAUUUCAGUGGGGUGUUCUGUUGGGGACAAUUCGCCUUGAAGGAUACUAUAGAGACACCUUCUAGGAUUCCUGACUCUGACUAAACUCGAGGUGUAAUAAUUGGGAAUUCAUAUUUGCGAUAAAAUCCUUCAUAUUUAAUCAGUUAGGAAUUGAGAAUCUGGCAGUGGCUAUCACCACCGUUUAUAUCUACAUUUAAAUAUAAAACAAGAUGGAAU